UUGGCCAAGUUGGUUUAUUACGGUAUUAGGUGCUGGAGCAAAGAUGUCUCGCCCCCUUUCUCGGUCUUUCGUUUGUACUAGCUCUAGAAAAGCUCACAGAGGCCCAGGUGAACAGAAAUUGCUUGAAGUUUUGUCAGGAGGUCUCACUAUUGGCUAUGCACCUUCCAGUACUGUAGUGCGAAUCUACUUGCAAUCGAAUGCUACUGAUUGCCUAAAUGAGAGAAAAGCAUUGUGGAAUUCUGUGAUUCCACACGUUAAAAGAUAUGGUCAAUCUCUGGGUCUAUCAGUCUCCAUUGUUGACAUGCAUUAUGGUUUAGACCUGAGUGAUAUUGAAGAAGAAACUCUGCCGUUUGUUCUUGAACAAAAUGACUUCUAUUCGACAGCAUUAAGAGAGAUACAGCUUUCAAUUGAGAUAUCUUCAGGACUAGCUUUUGUAACUCUGUUAGGUCAAAAGUACGGACAUAAAGCUCUCCAGGCCUUCAUUCCAUCGCAUCACUUUGAGCUCAUGUGCUCAAACCUUGAAGAACCUGCCACAAAGAAAACCUUGAACGAGUACUACAAGAAAGAUAGCAAUGGAAUACCAGCUGUGCAUGUACUGCAGCAGAAUAAGCUAUUCUCAGAUUCAUUGCCAGUUUGGAGUAAGACUCACAGUAUCAUUUCAAAAGGGAUCAGUAAAGGGGCUAGAGUUGCACUUGGUAAAGAUCCCAGCAAAGUGCAGGUCUACAUUUCAUCAGCUUGUGAAGAUGAGAUAACCUGUGGUAUAUUAAAUAAUAAGAGAGAUCAUCGCAAGACUUGUUUCUGGUUUAAACGUGUCAUUGCUGAUAUUUAUGAUCAGCGAGCUAACACUGAUACUGCGCUAAUUCAAUACUGUGAUAUCGCUGAGGGAAAGAGAGGACUUGAGUUUAACUCUGAAUCAAUCAAAGCAUUGAAUUAUCUAAAGGAAGCAAGACUAUCAGCUAGAUACAUUGGGCUUGAUCCAACUGCUGUAUUUGAGUUCCCAUCUUUAAAGUGGCAGAAGAAUGCUGGGAUUGACACAGAGGUUCCUGAACAUGCACAAUACAUUAGUUAUGUAUGUAGUAAAGUGAAGGAGGUCAUUAUGCAAAGACUAAGUGAAACUGCUCAAGAAGUUGGCAUUGAAAUGAGCUGCACUGUGUGUCAAGAUGUCCUUAGAGCUAAUGAGCAUUGUAGGAAGCUUCUCAAAGGAAUUAAAGAAAGAAAGGAUAUUACAGAUCAAAUACUUUCAUAUUUUGAAUCUUCAUCUUCUUCUCCUCUCAUUCUUCAUGGAAAGACUGGUAGUGGUAAGAGCACACUUAUUGCUGAUUCCAUCCAAAAAAUGACACAAAAACUUAACAAGAGAUUCAUUUGCAUUUCUCGAUUCAUUGGGCUCACUCCAUCUUCUAGCAGCAUUAAAAGACUACUGACCAGCAUCUGUGAACAAAUAUCUCUAGUGUAUGCAUGCGAUGAAGCUAUUCCUUGUGAUUUUCAUAAACUUGUCGAUCAUUUUUCAAAACUUCUGCAAUUACCAUCCAGCGAAAAGCAACUGUUUAUAUUUAUUGACGGAGUGGAUCAGCUUUCAGCAACUGACGGAGGCUUGGGUCUCUCGUGGUUACCUCUCGAGUUACCUGAGAAUGUCAAGAUGAUUCUGUCAGUAUCCAGUGAAGUGAAAUACAGGGUCUAUCCUAUUAUUAAAAGUCUAUUAAAAAACAAAGAUGGAUCCUUUAUUGAAAUUAGACCUUUAAGUACUCCAGAUUGCAAAGAAUUCCUGUAUCAUCUCCUUGCUCAAAGGAAUCGCAGCCUCACAACAGAACAAGACCUGCUAUUAUCUGAUAUACUUGCCCUUUCUCCAAGCUUAGAUUGGCUGAAUCUCAUUGCUAGUCACCUCAGUAGCAUAACAUCAUUUACUGAUGUAGUGACAGUUCAAGAACUAAUGUCAAAAUUAGCAACCUAUAAAGGUGCCUUGAUGGCUGAGAUUGAGAAAAUACAGAGCAAAAAUGGAGAAAUAUUUACAAGACAUACACUCGAAUAUAUCACUGCUUCUAAAUAUGGACUGUCUGAGAAUGAACUGCUAGAUAUAUUGUCACAAGAUCAAGAGGUAAUGACUGAAAUAGAGAAUAAAUCAAGGAGUUCAACUUUGUCCUUCAUAAUGGAUGACAUACCAAUGAUGCACUGGUCUCAGCUACUGCAGGAUCUUCUUCAAAACCUACUGGAGUUUAGAGUAGUAGAUGGAGGACCUUUAGCUCUUCAAUGGAGGAAUAGGGCAAUGAAAGAAUUUGCUGCUGAGAAGUACUGCCCUCCUGAUACUGAGAGGAGAGUGCUUAUGAGUGGAAUUAUUGCUGAUUACUUUUCUGGUAAACUGCAAUCCACAGAUAAUAAUGAAACUUCAAGUACAGCUGAGAACAGUGUUACUGGAUCUCCACCAAAUACUCCACAAGAGCUUUCACUAGUUCCAUUUAAAGGAAGGAUCAUCAGUACUCAGCCAUUGACUAUUGCUCAUAAACUAUAUAACACUCGUAGACUUGUUGAAUUACCUUAUGCCCUUCUCAAUGGAGAAAGAUUAUCAGAUCUUUAUGAAUUGCUAUCUGAUUAUAAUCUCUGGAGCAUGUACAACAUGAUGUCAAUGAAUGAUGAGCUGCUGAUAGCAAUGAGAUAUCUCAUGCCACAUGUACCACUACACAAAGAGUCUUUGGACAUGAUUCAAUUAAGAUUAGUUCAAGAAAGCCUUCAUCUUUCAAUGGAUGCUUUGAAAUGGAAUCCUAAGCAGCUCCCAGCUGAGAUUAUUGGAAGAUUACUGCCUUACUUAUCUAAUGGAGAAUCACAAUGGCCUUUAUUUCAGCAAAUACUUGCAAGUCUUGAAUCGUCCCCAAUAACUCCAAUACAUCCAUACCCACACACUUCAGGUGGUUCACUACUCAUCAAAAUGAGAGGCCAUCAAGGAGCAGUCACAUCCAUUUCAACGACCCUCUCUUUGAAGAAUAAUCUUGUGAUUAUCUCUGGAUCAACUGACUGUACAUUGCGGAGCUGGGACCCUCGAGGCUCGGGAGUCAUUAAAACUUAUGAUGGCCAUUGUAGUGAUGUCCUUUGUGUUUGUGUUAGUGGAAAUGGAGAGUUUGUAGCAUCUGGAAGCAAGGACAGAACAAUAAGAUUAUGGCUAGUCUCUACUGCUGAUUGCCUGCACACUAUGGCUGGACACAGUGACUCAGUCUCAUCAGUAUCAAUCACAUUUAAAGGAGAUAAAGUCAUCUCGGGAUCACUCGAUGGAAAUGUCAAAGUUUGGAACACAGACCAGUCAAGCCAAUGCAAAGGUGAGCUGCUCUUCACUCUCCUUCAUUCCAAUAAGAAGAAGUCUCUUGUUGAUCCAGUCCUUUCUCUUGCACUGGCUACUGAUGAUGCUUCACUCUACAUUGGACUUAAGAGAGCUGGGGUCAUUGUAAUGGACAUUGUUUCUGGACAAGUUCUAAGGAAAUUCUCUUCAAUAGGAGAGCCAGUAUAUUGCAUAGCACUGGUGGAAGACAAUGAAAACAAUUGUUGUGUUGGUGUGAUCCUCUCAACUGGUGGGAUGCUAAGAAUUAUUGAUCCUAUCACUGGUACUGAUGAAGGCUCAGUCCCAAAUACCACAAAACUUGAAGGGAAGAGAAUGAUCAGUUCUGGACCUAAUAAACAGCAGACAAGCUUUGCAAAGGAAGAGUUACUUACUAAUCCAGUCCAUGAAACAAUAAGUUUUGCUAAUAAUGGAUCUCUCGCUGUGAUUGGUACUUGUUUUGGAUCAAUAGAAGUCUGGCAGUUGGAGAAUCCAUUAGAUAAUGACACUAGCAGCAUAAGUCUCAAUAAUGCAGUGAAGUCUUUAGUCCAUUCUCCAUGUGGCUCCUACAUAUUCUCAGCAUCAGAGGAGCCUCCAAUUGUUAAUGUAUGGCAGUCAGAUGAGCUAACUCAGCCACAAGCUUCAUUAGACUACAAUAAUAACAGACCAGUGUUUGUACGGCCUCUGUCUGAUUCUAUACAUCUUCUUGUUGGAUAUGAAGAAGGUGCUGUGCUCCUCUGGAAUACAGCAACUCAGUCCAUAGAAAGAGAGUUCCAAGGUCAUGGAGCUGCAGUGACAUCCAUUGAUGUAACUGUUGCAGAAGAUUUGGUUUUAUCCGGAGAUAAGGAUGGCAAUGUUUUCGUUUGGAAUUUCAUUCAUGGAAAAAAGUUGAGGCAUUUUAAAGAGCAUUCUUCUGGUAUUGUGAGUGUCUCGUUUUAUCAGCAAAAAUACAUGACAUCAGCAAAUGAAGAUGGUUGCAUUAUAGUAAAGGACUUUAGAACAGCUACCAUACUGUACAACAAAACACCUCACAGAGGUCACUUAUCAACACUGACAGUCUCCAGAGUUAGGUGUUUUGAUGCAGUGACUGGAGGGUAUGAGAAUGGAAUUAUUAAAAUUUGGAAACUACCCAGUAUGGAUGAGCUGUGCUGUCUUGGAGGACACACUGGAACUAUAUCAGGAAUUCACUUCAUACCGAGUGAAUCUUUUGAUGUGAUAGGCUGUAUAUCAACUUCAAAAGAUAACAGCAUUAAGAUAUGGAAUGUGAAGGAGACUCAAUGUAUGGCAACUCUUUAUACAGAUUAUCCAGUUGUAAGCUCAGCCUUAAGUCCAUCAAAACAGCUAACAACAUUAGCCUAUGGAUCUUCUUAUAAUGGAUACAUUGGGAUAAUCUGGUAUGACUUUAGUACUACUGAUCAAGAUAAGGGCACUCGUAAUCCUGUACUAGAGUUGCUGGCUGGUCAUAAAAAUGAUUCACACACAAUCCCACAGCAAUGAAGUGGCUGGUAUUACAAAUGACCUCUUUUAAAUAUGAAAAUAAAAACAAACAUAAAAUGUAAUAAAAUGCAUACUUGAUACAUAUUAAUGACAGUG